ACGGGAGCACGUUCGGGUUUCUUCUCCAGUCAGUUAAAACUCACGAGUUACAAGCCAUCUCUCUCUCUCUCUCUCUCUCUCUCUCUCUCUCUCUGCCUGCAAUCAAAUUCGACUCUUCUUCUCCACCAUUGUCCAUUAGGGUUCAUGAAACAAAAUUAAAAUAAAAACAAAUUGAAUUUUUGCAGAAAAGAGAAAAAGCCAAACACGAGAUUCCAAUUAGGGUUUCGUGUUCUUCUGUGCAGCUUUAAUGUCUUACGAAUGGAGAUUACUACCUCUACUCUCACUUUCGCUUUCUUUUCUCAGCCUUUCCUAUUAGCCUCCUCUCUUACUAUCCUCUCUCUCCUACUCGCUCUCCUCGCCAUCCGAUCAAAAUUCCCCAAAUCACAUCCCUCUUCUUCUCGCGCCACGUCAUCCAAGCGCACUAAAACCUGUAAUUGUUGCUGUUCCUGUAACGGGUCCAUAGAGAAUUCAGAUUCUUCCUCGGUGGCCAGUAUUACUGGGCACCUCAACGGUGUUGCUUCGGCGGUGGAUAUGGUGGCUGCGGUGUCUGACAAGGUUGCGGAGAGGCAGACAGGGGCGUCUAUGAUGGAGCAGUUGGUGCCUGAGAUUACGACACACGCGCUGAGUUAUUUGGAUUAUCCUAGUCUCUGUAGAUUGUCUAUGACUAAUUCGUUGAUGCGAAAGGCUGCUAAUGAUGAUAAUGCCUGGAAAGCGCUCUAUCACAAGGAUUUUACAUUGGAACAGGAUACCGUGACACCUGUUAAUGGGUGGAAGGCUUACUAUGCCGCUACAAGAGCCAUUGUGAAUGCCAAUACAGAAUUUUAUAACAUCAUCAAAGAAAGGGCCCUUCCCGCAAUGCGUCGACUUUGGCUUAAUGCCGAUUAUGUGAAGUGCAUUCAUGCAUCUGGGGAACUUUUCUCAGGGUAUAAUGCUGUAAUGCAGAGUUGGCAGCUCGCAUUUAAUUGGGAUCAAGGGCUAGACUUUCAGGUUAGGGAUGUACGUGCUCGGGUUCUGACCGACAUGGCUUGGGUUACCAUGAAAACCUAUGUUCACAUGGACACUGGGCCAUUUACUGUAACUAAUGUCUUUGAGUUCCAUAAUGGUCGGUGGUACAUGGUGCACCAUCACAACUCAGUGAUGCUUGAUGGAGAUGUCGACCAACAGAUUUUGCAUGCAUUUUAACAAGAGAAAGAAGAGUUGAUACUAUUGAUAACAUUAGUGUUAAUGCAAAAUAGUGGUAUUUAUCAGGAAGAAGUUUCUUGAAUUUUUCUCUAUGAAUUCUUCAGUGAAAAUCCUUUUCGGUUUUUCCUACCUCAGUUUUGGUUGCUUUUGGGUAGAGAGGCGUCCCUCUGUGUCUCUCGCUCAUUUUGUCAAUUCCUUUCUUAUCUUUUCUGUUGUAAUUUUUAGUUUGUAGUUUUUUUUUUUUUUUUGGUGAAUUCAUUUUCUCAUUCCUGAUAUAUGCAAAUAGAAAAAUGCCAACUGUUCAAAAGUAUAGCUACUAAAUGAAAGGGACAGAAGUUAAGAAAUUGAAUGGGAAGUGACACUUUUAUGUUGGGUGGUGAAGUGGAAAGGCUGUCGAUAUUGAAGGAUUGUAGUAAACAAGAGAGAUGAAUGGAUGAGAUGUUCAUGUUUGUACUUAAUUGAAGCCUUAUGUUCAUGUCUUUCUUUUA